CUGGUCUUCAGUAUAAAUAAGCUCGCCCUACUGAUGAUCUUCUCAUAACCAAGCAAAACAUUCCCUCCUCCUCUAGAGAAAUUUGAAAGAUGGGGAGAUUUUCGAGCAAAUAUGUUGGCGUUUUAGCUGUGGUGUUUGUGCUAGUGUUAGGGUUAGCAGAGUGUAGAAAAAUAGAAAAAGAUGGCUUAGGAGGUGGUGCUGGAGGAGGUGGAGGCUUUGGUGGUGGUGGUGGCCUUGGAGGAGGCAAAGGUGGAGGAAUAGGUGGCGGUGUUGGAGGAGGGGGUGGUGCUGGCGGUGGCUUCGGAGGAGGCAAGGGUGGAGGUAUUGGAGGUGGCAAAGGCGGGGGCAUUGGGGGUGGUGUAGGUGGGGGUUCUGGUGGUGGCCUCGGAGGAGGAAAAGGUGGAGGAAUAGGUGGCGGUGUUGGAGGAGGAGGUGGUGCAGGCGGUGGUUUCGGAGGAGGCAAGGGUGGCGGUGGAGGUAUUGGAGGUGGCAAAGGUGGAGGCAUUGGAGGUGGCAAAGGUGGAGGCAUUGGGGGUGGUGCUGGUGGUGGUGGAGGUAUUGGAGGUGGCAAAGGCGGCGGCAUUGGGGGUGGUGUAGGUGGGGGUUCUGGUGGUGGCCUCGGAGGAGGAAAAGGUGGAGGAAUAGGUGGCGGUGUUGGAGGAGGUGGUGGUGCAGGCGGUGGCUUAGGAGGAGGCAAGGGUGGCGGUGGAGGUAUUGGAGGUGGAAAAGGCGGGGGCAUUGGGGGUGGUGCUGGCGGUGGCUUAGGAGGAGGCAAGGGUGGCGGCGGAGGUAUUGGAGGUGGCAAAGGCGGGGGCAUUGGGGGUGGUGCUGGCGGUGGCUUAGGAGGAGGCAAGGGUGGCGGCGGAGGUAUUGGAGGUGGCAAAGGCGGGGGCAUUGGUGGUGGUGUAGGUGGGGGCUCUGGUGGUGGCUUCGGAGGUGGUACCGGAGGAGGUGUUGGUGUCGGUGGGGGUGCAGGAGGUGGAGCCGGUGGUGGCUUUGGAGGUGGCAAGGGUGGUGGUGGAGGCAUUGGAGGUGGAGCCGGAGGUGGUGGUGGUGCAGGAGGAGGAUUUGGUGGAGGAGCCGGAGGUGGCGGUGGAUUUGGAGGAGGCAAAGGUGGGGGAGGAGGUUUUGGUGGCGGGCAUUAAUUCCUAAAUUAAGCGAGAUUGUAACGUCAUGCUUGUGCAUGGGAUAUUUGCAAUCGUAUUAUGUAUCAAUAGUUUUAUCAUGUUGUGACCUUGUAAUGAAGAUCUUAGCACGAACGAAUAAAUAAAGUUUGUAUUAUCUUGCA